AUGAGUUCCUACUUCGUGAACCCCCUGUUCUCCAAGUACAAAGGCGGCGAGUCCCUGGAGCCCACCUACUACGACUGCCGCUUCCCGCAGAGCGUGGCGCGCAGCCCCGCGGUGCUCUACGGCCCCGCGGCCGCCGCGCCGACCUUCCAGCACCCCUCGCACCACGUCCAGGACUUCUUCCACCACGGCGCCUCGGGCAUCUCCAACGCGGCCUCGGGCUACCAGCAGAACGCCCCGUGCGCCCUGGCUUGCCACGGCGACGCCUCCAAGUUUUACGGCUACGAGGCGCUGCCGCGGCAGGCGCUCUACGGCGCGCAGCAGGACGCGCCCGCGGUGCCCUACGCGGACUGCAAAGCGGCCGCGGGAGGAGGAGGAGGAGGAGGAGGAGGAGGAGGAGGCGGCGGAGGGGCCGAGGGGCAGGGGGGGCACCUCGGCCAGAGCUCCUCGCCCAGCCUGAUGUUCCCGUGGAUGCGUUUUCCCGCAGCCCCGGGGCGGCGCAGCGGCCGCCAGACGUACAGCCGCUACCAGACGCUGGAGCUGGAGAAGGAGUUCCUGUUCAACCCGUACCUGACGCGCAAGCGGCGCAUCGAGGUCUCGCACGCGCUGGGGCUCAGCGAGCGCCAGGUCAAGAUCUGGUUCCAGAACCGCCGCAUGAAGUGGAAGAAGGAGAACAACAAGGACAAACUGCCCGGCGCCGCCCGCGCCGACGGCGACAAGGCCGACGAGGAAGGCAACGAGGAAGAGGAGAAGGACGACGAGGAGAAGGACGAGAGCAAGGACUGA